GACCCCGCGGGCGGAGGAGGCGCGGCGCGGGGCGCGCGUUUCCACCGCUCAGCGGGUCAGUGUCGAGGUGCGGGAGUCCCGGAGCGGAACCGGCGCCGCGCUUGAGGGGCGAUGCCACUCGGUCUGGCCGCCCGCCGCGAGCACCGCCCCGGAGACAAAGCCCGCGCGUGAGCGGCGCCCUCGGCCCGGCUCACCAUCUCCCCUGUGGCCUGCUCCAGGAGAGACAGCUGCUGGCCACGAGGACAGGACUUCGAGGGACGGGCUGUCUGGGGAUCGGCUGGCUCCUGCCGCAUUGGUGACCCAUCUCUGGUUGUGCUUCCAAGCGAGCGCACAGCAGGGCCCUGACGCAGCCUCUCGUCUGUCGACUGUCAGCUACUCCUGCCGCCAGCUGGUCCCCGGCCCAGGCCUGUCACUGUGCCAUCUCUCAGCAGGGGCAGCAGAAUGAAAGAAGGCAUGUCCAAUAACAGCACCGCCAGCAUCUCCCAAGCCCGGAAAGCUGUGGAGCAGCUGAAGAUGGAAGCCUGCAUGGACAGGGUGAAGGUCUCCCAGGCAGCGGCGGACCUCCUGGCCUACUGUGAAGCUCAUGUGCGGGAGGACCCUCUCAUCAUCCCAGUGCCUGCGUCAGAAAACCCCUUCCGAGAGAAGAAGUUCUUUUGUACCAUCCUCUGACUCCAUUUGUUAUGAAAACGUCUCCUUUUCUGUCUGUGAAAUCCCUGGUAGAGACCGCGCAUGCUCUUAGCUGUAGGGAGCUCUGCCCACACUCACCCCUGCCCAACCAGCGUUAUGCCGCUGCCUGUCUUUUCAUUGGUUUUCUUCAUUGUCUGCAGUUUCACCUUUUCUUUUCAUGUUUCUGUUAUUUUCAUUAUUAGGAAAGAAAAUACACAUUUUUUAUAGCCAAAUAACAAAUGUGCCAAGUUAAAAAUAAGUAUGGGUGUAAGGGCUUCAAUUUUUUAAACAUCAGUUCCCAAGUUUACUUACAUCAAGUUUAUACAUUUCAGUGGAUAAUUUAUUGAGAAAAGAUACUCAACAAGCCCCCCAUAUACCUAUCAUUCAGUAUCAAAUUAGAGCAUUUUGACCAACUGAAGUCCAUGGGUAAAGGUUCCAUCUCUCUUCCUGGAGAAAGUUCUGGAAGGUUUCUAUUUCCUGCUUUUCCAUCAUCCUGUUUAAAAAAGAAGGAACCCACAUCACUGGAUGGUUUUCUAAAUAGGGUCAUCUGGGGCCCUGAGACUCAGCCCCAGAUAGAGAGCCCAGCCCCCUGUUUCCCACUGAUUGUCAUUAAUUCCCUUUGUAGGUGGCCCUUCUGCAAAUGUAGGUGUUGGGUAGAUAUUGGGGUGAGCUACCUGUAAAUGUGCCCCCGCUACUGCUCUUUACGUGCUCCAGCCAAGCAGGCCAGGGGCACACUUCUUCUCUCCAGAUACCACUUCAUCCUGCCUCCUCCUAUUCUGGCUCCUGCCUGCAGGGGCUGGAUUAAUAAGGGCCUGUUCUGGGCACAGCACUGGGCCCUGCAGGGUUUCACCUGGGUGGCCCCUGCCCCAGAGAGCAAGUCAGGGGCGCAACUCACCACGUAGCAUCCAUGAUCGAAGCAGUGACAUGUACCCACUUACUUAAUCCUCCAGCAAUACACAUCUGUUCUAAAAAGAGGAAAACUGAGGCACAGAGAGACCGUGUAGUUUCCCCAAAGCUAUAGAUAGUAAGCCAGGAGGCUGGGACCUGAGUGCAGACAGUCUGACUCCUAAGCCCCUGAGUUCCACUGUCUUCCAGCCCUACCUGUUUGCAGGUAGGUAGGGAGACCUGAAAUGGCCUGAGCCGUGUGCCAUGAAGCACCAUCGCUGGGGCCUGCUCAGCAGCACACUUCUCUUCCCAUCUUCCCUGGGAGCAGACAUGUCAGUCCCAUAUUCUGACAGCUUAUGGAAGAUGAUAGGUGGCUGCCCAUGUGGAAGGCUAGACAGUUUUUUAUUUUUCUGAGACAAACUUGCAGGUUCCACCUAAAACAAACUCCUAUCACUCCAGUAAAGGAAGGGAGUAAACCACAGGGCAGAGAGUGAGUGCUCUGUCCAGGUUUGCCCUGUUCCAUUUGUUUGGGAACUUCUACCCCAGCUCUGGCAGUGGCUACACUGUGCGAUUCUAAGCAAGCCACUGUAUGCCUGGAGCAUUCCAGUCUGAAGAUUGUGGAUAGUGGGUAGUUAUUCCUCCUGUCCAUCAUAAAGGAGAUCUGUUCUGAGUGUUCAGUGGAAGGACUGAUGUUGAAGCUGAAACGCCAAUAUUUUGGCCACCUGAUGCGAAGAGCUGACUCAUUUGAGAAGACCCUGAUGCUGGGAAAGAUUGAGGGCAGGAGGAGAAAGGGAUGACAGAGGAUGAGAUGGUUGGAUGGCAUCAGCAGCAACUCAAUGGACAUGAGUUUGAGUCAACUCUGGGAGUUGGUGAUGGACAGGGAGGCCUGACGUGCUGCGGGUCAUGGAGUCGCAAAGAGGUGGAUGCGACUGAACUGAACUGAACUACUGUCUUUGCUCUAAGACAGGGGGAGGUGCUACAUAGAUGAAAGCUCUGAUUAUCAUUUAAAACAAGUAAAUGUACUAAAUGCCAGGGUAUAGUAUAAGGAUCUAGAAUGUGUGAAUUCAAAGAUCCGUGGUUCAGUUGGAAGAAUCAUGUAAAAUCACCCACAAAAAAGGCAAAUAUAAUUUUCAGAUCAGUUAGUGACUUGCUACCUUUGUAAAUGAUUUUAGUACAUUUUUUCUCUUCGCUUCUUUUGUUGAAAUCAAUUCUUCGUUUCAUGAAAGCUCCCUGACAAAACCAGUGCUGUUAGGAAGCUGUGUGCUCAAACUAUAGCAUAAUUGUAUGCUGUCUGUGAUAAUAUGACUUCUAGUCUCCCUCUGUUUUGGUUUAUGACCAGGAUCUCUUUAUCCUGUGGUCCAUGUCAACAUCAUUAACUUGAUCAAGCAAAGUAGAAUCCGUAAAAGCACAUCAGAGAGACUGGGAAAGUGGGACAACACAGAAACCAGCUAAACCAGGUCAAGAAACAAUUCACACUCCUCGACUUCACCAAACUCCCUUCCUUUUGUUUUCACUUUCAUGUUCUUUCCCCUCUCCUCCUGUCUGCCUUGCAUCCCGCCAUGAAAUGCUUUUUGUCCUUUCACUACACCUUUUCCUUUCAAACCUGCAGCAUUUUGUGUGGCUCACCCCUUCUAAUGUAUCCCUGAACUCAGUGUUGCCCUUAAGGGCAAACUCACGCGCAUGGGCUGUGAGACACACGAAUGUGUGGAUGAGACCCUCCCCCUAGCGGAAGUAAGGAUCCGAUGAAGCUGACUGUAGUGAGCAGUUGUCAUGUGGCGUUUCCAGCUUGACUUUCCAGCACCUGACCCCUUUCCUAAAGGGGGAAAUCAUGAAAGCACCCCAUAUAAACAAAUGUAGUGGGGUGCAGUGCCUCCAGCACCAUGGAUGCUGAAGUGGGAAAGCCUUCCCUGUCUCAGGUGCAUCCCCUUCUCCAGCACCAGACUGACCAGGCAGUGCCCAGUGACCUAGGGUGGACUCCUUGGACUCCCAUGCUUAGGACUGUGAGUUUGGUGCAAGUGACACAGAAAUUAAGGGGUGCUGAAAUUCAUUUCAUGGGCGCUGUGAUGGUUCAGGAGUGGCAGUGGUCAUGAAGGUUUCCAAGACUAGCAGGCUGCGGGGUGGUGUCCACCGGUAGUAGUGUCUAGGGAUGACAGAGUCCGGAGCAGAUUGUUUCUGCUUUGUUCCUUGGCCCCACUGAGCUGUCUUGGCCCCCACCUGUCUUCCUAACUCUCCUUUCUAGCUUUCUGUCAGUUCGGUGAGCAUUCAAGCUCCAUCCAAUAAAUUCCUCAUUCUUCUGUGAAAUAACCUGGGUUAAGUGUAUUUAUCAUAUGACCUAAAGACUCCGUUCCUAGGUGUCUACCCAAAAGAAAUGUGUAUGUAUAUUCACUAAGAGAAAGGUACUAGAAAAUUCAUAGAAGCACUGUUCAUAAUAACCCCAAACUGGAAAGUACCCACAUGCCCAUGUUGAAUGGAUAAACAAAUUACAGUAUAUUCACACACUGAAGCCCUACACAGCAAGGGAUACUCCUGCAGACACACACGCAACACUGUGUGAGUCUCACAAGAGGAGGCAAAUCCAUACUGUGUAGUUCUGUUUACAUCAAGUGAGAAACCUGGCAAAGCUGUUUGCAAGUAGUUAUGUAAGUUACUCUUAGGGGGCACAAGGGUGUUCCUUGGAUGUUCUGUUCCUUGAUCCGGUUGCUGGUCACUUGGGCGUGUCUAUUUUGUGAGAAUUCUUCGAGCUGUACACUUGUGGUUUGUGCCCGUUUCUGUAUGUAUGUUGUACUUCAAUAAAAAGUGUGCUUAGCAAU